AGAUGAGAGGAAAGUGUCUACUCUUUCUAACUUGUUGUCCACUAUAUUAUUCCCUCCUCCACCACUACCACCUUCCUACAAACACGACAAAAGGAAAAAAUAAAAAUAAAGCGAGACAGAAAGAGAGAGAGAGAGAAAAGAGAGAGUGAGACAUGGAUCUUGAUUGGGUAUCAGCUUUUUUCAAGAACAACGAAUGGCUGAUAGUGUAUCUCAAAGGCAUGGUGAAGCCCGCGGCGGCUCUCGCGGUUGUGCUUCUAGCCGUGGCUCUCUCCUACUCCCAGAAACUCUCUUUGGAAGGAGACAUGAUAUACUCUGUUUUACGAUCGUUUCUUCAGCUCUCUGUCAUCGGGUUCGUUCUUCAGUUCAUCUUUAACCAAGAAAACGCCGGCUGGAUCAUCCUCGCUUACCUCUUCAUGGUCUCUGUCGCCGGUUACACCGCCGGAAAACGUGCAAAGCACGUGCCACGUGGAAAGUACGUGGCCGGAGUAUCUAUCCUCGCCGGAACAUCAAUCACAAUGUUCCUCCUCAUCGUCCUCAACGUAUUUCCUUUCACUCCUAGGUAUAUAAUCCCUGUGGCCGGGAUGAUGGUGGGAAACGCCAUGACGGUCACCGGAGUUACCAUGAAGCAGCUGCGAGAUGACAUCAAGAUGCAACUAAACCUGGUGGAGACAGCAUUGGCACUAGGAGCAACACCAAGACAAGCGACGUUACAACAGGUGAAGAGAGCUUUGGUGAUAUCUCUAUCUCCGGUUUUGGAUAGCUGCAAAACCGUUGGAUUGAUCUCUUUACCGGGAGCCAUGACCGGUAUGAUAAUGGGCGGUGCGUCGCCUCUUGAAGCUAUCCAGCUACAGAUAGUUGUGAUGAACAUGAUGGUUGGAGCAGCAACCGUUAGUAGCAUCAUGUGUACGUAUCUUUGUUGGCCAUCUUUCUUCACUAAAGCUUACCAGUUAAAAACUCAUGUCUUCUCAAGCUGAAGUUUUAGUUAUCCAUAUUUAGCACACAAAAAAAUGUUAUAUAGUUAUCCACGUACUUUCAACAACUUUAUAAUUUUUCUUAAAUUGAAAAGCCAACCAUUAUGUCUUUAAAUCAUACUGUUUAGCCCAUCUCAACUGGGGAAAUGCAAAAUUUAUAAUCAGAACAUGAACUUAAAAGGAUCCAAAGCACACACAUAUAAGAGAAUGAACAAAACUUAGGUUCACCCCAUAAGUUUUAUGAGAAUACAAUUUUAGGUUCAACCUAAGUUUUGUUCUAAGAGCAUGAUGAAUAGGGGUUUUUAAAGGUUUUUAAAUUAAGGUAAGAACUCCACCCCUAUGAAUCCCAUUAAUCAUCUCAUUAAUCAUGGUCUAAGAGAAUACAAUUUUAGGCAAUCCGCAAUCUAGUGAGCCUAAAAUUGUAUCAAAAUUGGAUGUGAACAAUGCAUAGUUUAUAAUCAUAAAUAAAUUGGUUGACCCAAAUUUUUGUACAAAUUGAUUUUCUGGACCAAACAUAAAACAUUCAAGGAUCUAGUCUUCAAACGUAUAAAAAACUUAAGAAAUUCAACAAUUUUUUUAUUGCAACAGAAAUUUUGAUAAUUAACAUAAACAGUUAUUUCAUUCCGUAAAUUAUGACUUAAUACAUUACCGAAAAAAAUCAUAGCUUUAGGGGCAGAUGAAAUACACCAUUUAAUUACUUGAUUAGUUUAUAAAUAACGAAGAAAUACAAAUAUUUAGCUUUAGAAAAAUUAAAAUAAAACACGACAACCUUUUUGUGAUUUUCAGACAGUAAAACAAACUGUUUCAUCACCUCCGUUUGUUCUUACUUCCAAUCAACAACGUGAAGUAAAA